AUUUCUCUCUUAGCCUCCGAACACCUAAAUUCUGCAUUGAAAAGUUAUCUGUUUUAAAAAGUGACUCUAAAGAAUUUAUCCACAGAUAUUUUUGCUUGAUGCAAAAAUGGCGUAUUCACCUACUCCAGUCUCUCCAAUGUCUUUUCUGAAACCAACACUGCCCAAAAGGGCUUUUCUUUUUUCUUCAUCUUCUUCUUCAAGUUGGAGACGGAACCCAAAGGCCAUGGCCAAAGAAGUAUACUUCAAUAAUGAUGGGUCUGUUACAAAAAAGCUCAAGGCAGGGGCGGAUAUGGUGGCUGAGCUUUUAGGCGUUACUUUGGGUCCAAAAGGAAGAAAUGUGGUGUUGCAGAACAAGUAUGGACCCCCAAAGAUUGUCAAUGAUGGAGAAACUGUACUCAAAGAGAUUGAAUUGGAGGACCCUUUGGAGAAUGUUGGAGUAAAAUUGUUGAGGCAAGCUGGUGCAAAAACAAAUGACCUCGCUGGCGAUGGUUCCACUACGUCCAUAGUUCUUGCUCAUGGCCUAAUCACUGAAGGUGUGAAGGUGGUGUCAGCGGGAAUGAACCCUGUUCAAGUUGCUCGUGGGAUAGAGAAGACUGCAAACGCCCUUGUUUCAGAACUCAAAUUGAUGUCCAGAGAGGUUGAAGACCAUGAGCUUGCUGAUGUUGCUGCAGUUAGUGCUGGGAAUGAUCAUACAGUGGGAAACCUCAUCUCUGAUGCUUUUCGGCAGGUGGGAAGGAGGGGUGUUGUUACAAUUGAAAAAGGGAAAUGCAUCACUAACAGUCUUCAGAUUGUCAGAGGAAUGCAGUUUGAUCGAGGCUAUUUGUCUCCUUACUUGGUCACUGACAGGCAGAAGAUGACAGUGGAGUUCAGUGAUUGCAAGUUACUCUUGGUUGACAAAAAAAUCACGAACCCAAAGGAGAUGUUUAAGAUAUUGGACAGUGCAGUUAAAGAGAAAUAUCCAGUUGUCAUAAUUGCAGAGGGCAUUGAGCAAGAAGCUCUGGCUCCCAUAAUUAGGAACAAACUCAGGGGUGUGCUGAAGGCAGCUGCUAUCAAGGCUCCUGCCUUUGGUGAACGCAAGAGCCACUGUCUAGAUGACAUUGCUGUCUUGACCGGAGGCACUGUCAUCAGAGACGAGAUGGGCUUAACCCUUGGAAAGGCUGGCAAGGAGGUGUUAGGCAGUGCUGAAAGAGUUUUGAUAAGUAAGGAUUCUACGUUAAUAGUUACUGAUGGCAGCACCAAAGUUGCUGUUGAGAAUAGGGUUUCUGAAAUCCAGAACCUUGUUAAGAAUACAGAAGAGAAAUUUCAAAAGAAGAUUCUGAAUGAAAGAAUAGCAAGAUUAUCUGGGGGAAUUGCAAUUCUUCAGGUUGGAGCACAAACCCAAGUUGAGUUGAAGGAUAAACAGCUCAAGAUUGAAGAUGCUCUGAAUGCAACAAAGGCAGCAAUAGAGGAAGGGGUUGUAGUUGGUGGUGGAUGUGCCCUCUUGAGGCUAUCUGGGAAGGUGGACAGUAUCAAAAAUGUUUUGGACAAUGAAGAACAAAAGAUUGGAGCAGAGAUAUUCAAGAAAGCAUUGAGUUAUCCAGCAAGACUGAUAGCCAAAAAUGCUGGCAUCAAUGGCAAUGUUGUUAUUCAGAAGGUUCUAUCUAUCAAUGAUACAAGGUAUGGAUACAAUGCUGCAAGAGACUGCUAUGAGGAUCUAAUGACAGCUGGAGUUAUGGAUCCAUCCAAGGUGGUUAGAUGUUGUUUGGAACAUGCAGCAUCAGUAGCCAAGAGUUUUCUGACAUCUGAUGCUGCUGUAGUUGACAUUAAGGAAGUAAAGCCUGCCUCAAGGAGAUAUCCAAUGCCAACUUCUGCUGAUACCAUUUUUCAGAAACAAGUAAUGCCUAGCCAUAAACAAAUGGCCCAUCGACAACUGAUUCCCAAACAGGCGAUGCUCUGAUCUGACCUGAUCUAUGUAUACCUAUCAAUUAAUAUCUUUAUGUUGGAUUCCAAUAUUUUUUCAUUCAGAAUAAGGACGGUUGACAGAAGGACUAUGUAGGAGUCAAAAUGGUCAGACAAAAUGGAAGAGACAAUCAAGGUGAACUUCAAUGAUUUCUCCAAGCCAAAUGUUAAUGUCUUAUGCCAAUCAUGAUCUUUAGAGUUGAGCACUUUCCAUCCUACGCAAGCAGCCUACUUGAAGAAACAGGUAAUUCCUGCGGAGAAUCAAAUUGGGGAAGCUGCAAUCAAAGAGAUAUUGUCAAAUGUUAAUGUCUUACCAAAGCUCCCUUGUCCAUGGAUUUAGAAGAAUCUGUGCAUGCAGGUAUGAUCAAGUUAGUUGAUUACACAGAAUAGAAGCAUCCAGCAACAUCUGGAUAGAGGUAUGUAAAAGGAAUUUAUGCUAAAAAAUGCUUCAGUUAGUGCCAAAAAAUAUAUAUACAUCCAGAAAACAGAUGAACUUUUAAAUUCUAGUACUGAGAGCUAGGGGGAAGAAUAGGUGUUAGAAAGGUGAGAGAGAGAGAGAGAGAAAGAGAGGAGGAAGAGUCAGAGAAUUCGAGAGGGUAGAAUUGAAUUUGAAAUUUGAACUAUCUGAGCGUAUUGAACUUCCCACCAACUAGCUAUAUAUACUAGCUAGGGAUUUGCAUUUAGUUACAACGAUAAAGAUAAUAAUCGGCAACAAACAUUUGAAUUAAUUCUCUUUGUGCAUUUUUUUAAAAAAAAUAAAAAGUAACAUGUAUAUUAAUAAGGUACCAAAAAAGGGGAUACCAAUCCGUAAGCAUUAAUUCACCUCGUGCAUAAUUCCCUAAUUUACCUCGCGGUUUCUUGACAAUAGGUUACCAGUUUUCUUUUCAUGGGAAAUAUGUAGGAAUCAAACAGUUUUCUUUUGACAAUAUCUCUUUGAUAUUGUCUCUGCAUUUACUGAAGACUUGAGUUUUUCUAUUGUAAUUAUUUUUGAACCAGUCUGAGUUACACAUAAUUUCACAUGUAUGAUUAUGAGUCA